AUGGCGACACCAACUUCAAUCCCAUUAAUAACUCUCAAGGAAGAUCAUGACAUGGAGGAGAAACCAACUUUUCCACCUAUAGGACUUGCACCAACGCCUUUACAAACUGUACAACCUCCGGCUCCUGCGGUUGCGCCACCGCCGAGGAGAUCAUCGACUAAGGACCGUCACACAAAAGUCGAGGGCCGAGGGCGGAGAAUCCGAAUGCCAGCCACCUGCGCCGCCAGAGUCUUCCAGUUAACCCGAGAACUCGGUCACAAGUCCGAUGGCGAAACCAUUAGGUGGCUCUUAGAACAAGCUGAACCCUCCAUCAUCGCCGCAACCGGUACCGGGACCAUCCCCGCCAUUUCCUUGUCAGUCAACGGUGCCUUAAAAAUCCCCAGCACCUCCUCCACCGCCGCCGCGGCUGCCAAGGACGAUGACGGCCAGGCAGACCGCAAACGCAAACGCCCCACUAACAGCGAAUUUGUGGACAUAAAGACUCUCAGCAACAAAAUUUCUGACACUAAUAAUAAUCUCACAACUGCAAAUCCUGCAAUUAUUUCAACGAGCUCUUCAAUAUCAGCUCCACUACUGUCGACGGUACCAACUCCGGCGCACGUACUGGUGCCGCAGAUCACUAUGUGGGCUAUUCCGGCGGCUCUACCAAAUGCAAACGCAUCACCAACUUUUCUUAUCAUCCCACAGGUAGCACAAAAUGGGCCGCCAUCGGUGAAUAUUUCUGCUGCUUCAGGGCCCAUAUCUGCAGUUUUCGCGGCCGUGCAACCUGGUGGCGCUAACAUAGCGCAGCCGCUGACGGUCGCCGAAGCUAAUCUUCGGAGUUUGCCGAGUUCAAGUCCUGCAAGUUGCACUACUGUGAUUGAGAAAUCACAACAAAGACUCAGAUGCUGA